AUUUUCUGUUUAAAAGCGAAGGACGAGGGUUUUUGCCCUUUCUCUCGUCAAAUUUAUGGGUUUCUGGUGAAACCAAACUCUAAGGAAUCUAGGGUUUUGCUUCUCUUGGGUGUGGUAGAGAUUCUAAAUUUAGCUGAUUGGGAAGUGAUUAAGCAAAUAUGUCCACCUCUAAAGAAUUUCAAGGUGUAUCCAGCUGCUAUGUGUUUAAGAGCCGGUUGCAAGAAUACGCUCAGAAGAAUAAAUUCCUUGCUCCUGUUUAUGAAACUUUGAAGGAAGGCCCUCCUCAUGAGCCUUACUUCAGAUCCUCAGUGAUUGUAAAUGAUUUCAAAUAUGAUUCUCUCCCUGGAUUUUGUAAUCGCAAGGCGGCUGAGCAAUCAGCUGCGGAAGUUGCGCUUGUAGAACUAGCUAAGUUGGGAAACACUGAUGAUAGCAUCAGGAAUCCAGUGCAUGAAUCAGGUUUAUGCAAAAAUCUACUCCAAGAAUACGCGCAGAAAAUGAACUAUGCGGUUCCAUCUUAUGUGUGUCGGAUGACUGAAACACGGGGAAAAGGGACAUCUUAUACUUCUACUGUUGAUAUUGGGGGAAUAAAGUAUAUAGGAGCUGCUGCAAGAACCAAAAAAGAAGCGAAACUCAAAGCUGCCCGAACUGCUCUCUUAGCAAUCCAGUCGAGUACUAAUGGAUCCCACACAAAUCCUAGUGGUGACUGUCAGCUUACAGUUCUCCCACCUAUAAAGAAGGCUCCUGAGCCAGCUGCUGCAGUUGAUAUUACAAAAAAAAAUCUCAAGCCGAGAAAGAAUAAAUUUAAGAAACGAUGGCAGAAAAAGAAAUUCCUCAAGAAGAAUGGUGACCAGGUAACUACUGACCCAACAGGGGAAGCUUCUGGAAGUACAGUUAUAGGAAAUGCUGGAAAUUGUGACGAAAUUCGUGCCCAAAGUUCGGGGGUGUUGGAUGCCGAUAUGAAUGAUCAGUCUAUGCAAAACGUUACAUCAUCAAAUGGAAGUGGUAUAGAAAGGUUUCCAACAGAGGAAGCUUCUGGCACACUUAAUACUAGCGACAUCCAAACCUUAGGCUCAGCAGCAGAGGAGACCAUGAUGGAUAUGGAAAUUCGAACUGCACAAGAUGUUGGAUCAGCAAAUGGAAGUGGUUUGGAAAGGUUGGCGGAGGCCCAUUUGGAUAUGGAUAUUCAGUCUACGCAAAUUGGUGGAUUAGCAAAUGAAAGUGGUUUAGAAAGGAUGGCAACAGGAGAAGCUUCUGGAAACCCUGAAAAUACCAACCAAAUCCAAGCCCAGGGUUUGGGAGUGGCAGAGGCCGAGGUGAAUCCUAGGUUUGUGCAAAUUGGUGGUUCAGAAAAUAGAACUGAAAGUGGUGGGGAGACAUUGUUGGCUGAAGCAAAAUUAACUUAUCAAGAGAUCAAAAUGGAAGUUCAAAAUGACCAAGGGUUUUCAAGAAAUUGUGAAUCAGAAAAUGGAACAGGAAGUGGUUCACAAAGGUUGUCGGCUGAAGCAAAACAAAGCUUUCCAGAGACCAAUUCAGAAGUUCAAAAUGACCAAGGGUUUUCUCAAAAUGGUAGUGGAAGUGGUUUACGAAGGUUACCGGACGAAGAACAAAAAAGCCUUCAAGAGAUUAUAAUGGAAGUACAAAAUGACCAAGGGUUUUUUCAGAAUUUUGAAUUACAAAAUGGAAGUACAAGUGGUCUAGAACUGGACGAAGCACAAAAAAGCCUUCAAGAGAUCAAUGUGGAAGUUGAAAAUGGCCAGGGGUUUCUUCAGGAUUUUGAAUUGCAAAAUGGAACUGCAAGUGGCUUAGAAGGGUUGCCUGCCGAAGCACAAAAAAGCCUUCAAGAGAUCAAAAUGGAAGUAGAAAAUGACGAAGGGUUUCUUCAGAAUUCUGAAUUACAAAGUAGUGGUUUAGAAUGGUUUCCGGCCGAAGCACAAAAAAGCCUUCAAGAGAUCAAAAUGGAAGUAGAAAAUGACCAAGGGUUCCUUCAGAAUUCUGAAUUACAAAAUGGAUCCAUAAGUGGGUUAGAAUGGUUUCCGGCCGAAGCACAAAAAAGCCUUCAGGAGAUCAAAAUGGAAGUAGAAAAUGACCAAGGGUUUCUUCAGAAUUCUGAAUUACAAAAUGGAACCGCAAGUGGGUUAGAAAGGUUUCUGGACGAAGAAAAACAAAGCUUUCAAGAUACCAAAAUAGAAAUUCAAAAUGACCAAGGUUUUUCUCUGUAACGAUCGUGUCUGGAUUGGUUGAACCAGCUACCAACUCGCACGCCUGCCCAUUGUUGAACUUGACCAAAGAGAAGAAAAGACCAGCUUCAUGUUCCUCGCACAGUAAGUAAAUCAAAGUUAGGAUUCCGUUAAUUUUGUACCAUUGAACGAUAAUCAACUGAGGUGCAUGUUUUUUUGUAAAUCCCAUUGAGGAGAGAUUAGUUUAGACGUUCAGGUUGGGCAGCUAUCUCACUAUUUUACAACAAUAUACAGAUGAUUCAUGA